AUGAUAGUUGAACUUGGAGAUUAAAAAGUUUAUGGAGUUAUAAAAGAAUUAGAAGAGGCAAAAAAAGAAUAUGAAAAGGGAAUAAAAGAAGGAAAGACAAUGGUAUUAAGCUAAGAAGAUUCAAAAAUAUCAAAUAUCAAAAAAGUUAAAAUUGGUUGUUUGAGUCCUGGUAAAUCAUUAAAAAUUUAAUUUGAAUACAUCCAACAAUUAUAAGUAUUUCUGAAUUAAUUUUGGAAAUUAGAAUUGUCUUCUAUGAUAGAUACAAGUUAUCUUGCAGUUAAUGAAUUAAAGAACACAUCUACAAAUUAUGCUUAAUAAUAUUCAUUUGUGAAAAACCAUGUCAACAUUUAAGCAAUGAAAUUAAAUUAUAAGUAAAAUAUUACUGUAAUAAUUAAUAUGGAAAAACCGAUUACAUAUGCUAAAUCUCCAACACAUUCAAUUUUAUUAAAUUCUGAUAUUAAUGUCAAAGAAAAAUAAAUUGAUUUAUAAACUCCUUAGAACUAAUUAAUUAUUACUUUAGAUAUGAAUGAUCCUGAAAAUAUGGCACCAAAUAAAAAGUUUGAAUUAUUAUUUUCCUCCAAUGAUGUUAAUAACCCUUUUGCAAUACUAAGCCAUACAAAUAAUGAUGCUUUAUAACACAUCAAAUAUUGUGCAACUCUAACCCUCAUUCCAAAAUUUAAUGAAUUUCCAAUAGAUGAUGCUUAUCAAUCAUAUCUAAAUGGUUUAAAUUUAUCAUCAUAGGCAAAAAUUUAAAAGGGUUGUUAUAUAUUUUUUAUUGAUCGUAGUGGUUCAAUGGAAGGCAUAAGAAUUGAAAAAGCCAAACAAUCACUGAUAC